UCUCCCGCGACCCAAAUGGAAGCCACCGCCGCCGCGACCCGCCUCCUCCUCCCGCCUCUCCGCGCGCCGCCGCCGUCGCUCGCCGGCGGCGCGGCGGCGGCGGCCGGUGGUGGGGGCCGGUGGCGCGGUGCCGUGCCGAGACGGGCGAGGGCCCGCCGCGCCGUCGUCCCGCCCCGCGCGUCGCUCGUCGACAGCAGCGGCGGCGCGGCCGCCGCCGCCGUGCUCCUGGACGCGGCGGUGGCCGGGGCGACGGGGUACUCGCAGGCGAGCUACUACACGUCGCUGGGGCUCUUCGUGCUCUCCGUCCCUGGCCUCUGGUCGCUCAUCAAGCGCUCCGUCAAGUCCAAGGUUGUGCAGAAGACAUUCGUCAAGGAGGAAGGGCAGACGAUGGCGCCGAACCAGGUGGCUGGGGAGAUCCUCUCGUUCUUCACCCGUAACAACUUCACCAUCUCUGACCGUGGCGAGGUUAUCACUUUUGAGGGCACUAUGGUGCCGAGCAGGGGGCAAGCAGCACUUCUUACCUUCUGCACCUGCAUUAGCCUUGGCAGCGUCGGUCUUGUUCUAUCAAUUGCAGUCCCGGAGGGUGGCAACAACUGGUUCUGGCUUAUGACCUUAAGCCCAUUGGCGGGUGUAUACUACUGGACAAAGGCAUCAAGAAAAGAAGAGAUCAAGGUCAAAAUGAUUUUAUCGGAUGACGGGAAUGUAUCCGAAAUUCUUGUGCGGGGUGAUGAUGUCCAAGUGGAGCAGAUGAGGAAGGAGCUCAAGUUCAGUGAGAAGGGGAUGAUAUAUGUUAAGGGGAUCUUUGAAACAUGAUUGAAUAGCUUGUUAUCUACAGAACAGAGCUAACAAAAGAGUUCAAAAGAGCAGUUCCCUUGGUUCAAACUUCAGGUGAGGGAGAUUUUGAAUACCUACGGGCAAAUCUGUAUCUUGGCUUGAGAGGAAAAGAGGUGUAUCCAUGUGAGACUCCAUUAAGAUCGUGACACAAAUUUUCUACCUAGGAUAUAUAUAGUGACUCAACAAGCAACUCUUUUCAUGAA